AUGUACCUGGACCCAGUAGAGCUUGAUUCAAAAAUCAAAUAUAAUGGCAUUAGAUUAGAAACCAGAAUUCUAAAUCAUGAAAGUGAUCUUGAGCCAUUUAUGGAAGAAAAUACAGCAAAACAAUCAAAUAUUAAUGAUAUAGAUGAUAAUUUGCCAAGCACCGUUACAUUGCUGAGGACUCCAGAUGGUGGUAAAUGUUAUGUAGUGGGAACUGCGCAUUUUAGUAUCGAAAGUCAAAACGAUGUUUCAAGGAUAAUUCAAGCCGUACAACCACAUAUAAUUACAGUUGAACUAUGUAUGGAUAGAAUUGACAUUUUGAAGUUAGAUGAAGAAAGAGUUCUUAGAGAAGCAAAAAAUCUUAGUUUUAAUGACAUUAUAUAUAUUAUUAAAGAGAAUGGAAUGAAUAAAGGAUUGCUGUUUAUUUUAAGUUUUAAAUUAAUAGCUUACCUUACAAAAAUUCUUGAUUUAGCACCGGGAGGAGAAUAUCGAAGAGCUUUAAUAGAGGCUAAAAAAAUUCCAAACUGUCUUAUUCAUAUGGGUGAUAGGCCGAUUAAAAUAACAUUUGCUAGAGCAUGUGGUUAUUUGACUUUGUGGCAGAAAAUCAAACUUGCUUGGCAACUCUUGACACAAAAUAUUUCAAUCAGUCGAGAAGAUCUUGAGAAAUAUAAAAAUCGAAAUGUCGUAGAAGAAAUAAUAGUUGAUUUAGCUAAAGAGUAUCCUGUUUUAGAAGAAGUUUUUAUUAAAGAACGAGAUAUAUAUUUAACAUAUUCGCUUCAGUUAGCAUGUAAGCCUAAAAUUGGAAAGCGUGGGGAGUUAAUACCAGCAAAAGUUGUAGGAAUUAUUGGUAUUGGACACAUGCUGGGAAUUGUUCAAAACUGGGGAAAAGUAAAAAAAUGUCAAAUACCGUUAAUUAUGAGGUAAUUAUUUUUAUUUUUAUUGCAU